GGUGAACUGGUGCCGGCGGGGUCCGCGGCAGCACAGGGUGGGGAAGCGGUGCCAGGCACGGACCGGCAUCGGCACCGGCACCGGCACCGACACUGGGCGGGGACUGGGGGCCGGGCGGCUAACGGCGGCGCCGAGGCCAGCUGGGUGCGGGACACAGGACGGGUACCGGCGGCCAGGCGAGUGCGGGGACCGGCAGGUACCGGGGCCGGGCGGUACCGGGGCCAGCGGGGACCAGCGGGGACCAGCGGCUGUGGGGCGAGCUGGGGACCGGGCGAGUACCGGGAACUGGCAGGUACCGGAGUGGUGAGACCGGGGUGGUACCAGGGCUGGGCGGUACCAGGGCUAGGCGGUACCAGGCCAGCGGGGACCAGCAGCUGUGGGGCGAGCUGGGGACCAGGCGAGUACUGGGGACCGGCAGGUACCGGGGCGGUGAGACCGGGGUGGUACCAGGGCUGGGCGGUACCAGGGCUAGGCGGUAUCGGGGCCAGCGGGGACCAGGGGCUGUGGGGCGAGCUGGGGACCAGGCGAGUACUGGGGACUGGCAGGUACCAGGGCGGUGAGACCGGGGUGGGUGUUUACUGAGGGCAGAUACCGGAUCAGGUACCAGGGCCAGGCAGGUGCUAGGGGCCAGGCAGGGGCCAUGGGUUUGGCAGGUACCAGGAGCAGUGGGACUAGGGCAGGAAAUGGAGCGAGUACUGGGGCUGGGUAGUCAGCAAGGCAGGUACUGGGGCCAGGUGGGCAUCGGGGGUGGCGGGGCCAGGUAGGUAACCAGGGACCAGGUGGGUACCAUGGGCAGCAGUGUAGGCACUGGGGCAGGUACUGGGUCUGGGCGGUCAGCUCUGGAAAUGCAGCAGUGCAUACGUGGCUGGGUCACAUGCAGCUCCAAGACUGCUCGGUGGGGCAGCCACAGCUUUGCCUCCUCCUCCUCUGUGCCACUCGGCACAGUGUUCCUCUUUCAGUGCAUUCCCUUCUUUUCUGUGAGAAAGAGGUUUGCGGAGGUCAUCAGGUCACAGGAAAUUUUGCCUCAGACCCUGCUGUGCCAGUCAAAGCUUGACUUGGCUCUCCAGUGCCGGGGCACAGUGGCAGGGCCUGAGCUGCCUGAGCUGGAUGUGGAGCUGCUCAUCCCUGCUGCAACAAGGGUUGCUGUGAAAGCAGGCAGGGUCUUAGGUCUCGUCUUCCGGGGACCUCUGCAAACAUAAGGCACCUCAUGGGGUCCCAGCCCCCCCUGCAGUGGGGCAGCAGCUGACCAUAGGCUGAAAGCCACAGUCAUUGGCCCCAGCCCAUUCCCAAGACCCCCCAAGAAGGCCCAAGUCCUUUCUUGCAUCGGGUUGGUGGAUGAUGGAAGAGGUUUGAGGGCAGGAGCUUGGGAGACUCAUCAAGAUGGGACUGAGGGUGUCAAUUAGGAGCUGUUGCUGCAAAGUACGAGACAAAGCAACAGUGGGAAGACAGCAGAAAGAAUGGAUCUGAGCCCAAAUGGGAGCAAGGCAACCUCUGGGACAUGCCAAAAAGGAGAGAGGAGAUGGGGAGAAGGAAUACCAUAGCUGACCUUGUGCCUGGAGUUUGACACCAAGAACCUUGGUAAAGACGUUUCCUGUGAAAUCAGUCACUGCGUGAUACUCUCCUCCCCAGAUUCCUGCUGUCCAGUAUCUGAGACUCAGCUGUGCUUCUCCACUUUGGGAGACCAAGAAGGAACGAGGCCGGAUCAGGUGACUUUGAGAGCUGAGACUAUGACAUCCAGCCAAAAGGAAGAGGUGAAGGGUAACCUGCCAAACCAAAUGCCUGAUGCAAGUAAUGAAGAGCAGCAGAGGCUGAUUCAAGCUUCUGGGGACAACUUUUGUUCUUCCAACACCCCCAUACGUGAGACAGAGCCAGACAGGCCAGUUAGAGAUCCAAAGGGAUCCCCUCAGGCAGUGCGGAAGGACAGUCCAGUGCAGCACAGUGUCUCAUACACCUACACGCAUGCUAACCAGGACACACUUCAACGGCUGAGGAAAUGUAGCUAUGAAGAGGAGGGCAGGGAGAAAGACAGGCCAAGUCUUUGCAAGGACCAAGAAGGAGAACAGCUAACUAAACCAAAGAUGUGGAAGGUGGAAAACCCAGAAUGGGAACAGGUCAGAAGUGAAAAUCCUGAAGAACCACGUGAAGACCAAAGAGACAACACUGAAGAGCAGGAAGGGAACACAGAAGAAAAGUACAAUAAAACACAACUGACAAAAAAGAAAGACAACCUGCAAGAUAAUGUGUCCGCAGGUCAAGGCUCCAGCAGCAGGGAGCCGGAGGAGCUGCGCAUCAUCCUGGUGGGGAAGAGCGGAGUGGGGCGAAGUGCCACCGGGAACACCCUCCUGGGGCGGGUGGUCUUCAGGUCCUGCCUGAUGGCCCAGCCCGUGACAAUGACCUGUGCCCAGGCGAGCAGGAUGUGGCGAGGCAAGCGGGUGGUGGUCCAGGACACCCCAGCCAUUUUUGACAAGUUGCUUCAGGGUGAGCAGCUGGCUGAGGAGAAAAGGCGUUGCCUCGAGUUCUUCCAGCACCCCUGCGUCCUGGUGCUGGUGACCCAGCUGGGCCGGUACACAGAGGAGGACCAGAAGGCAGAGAAGGAGGUGCAGGAGCUUUUUGGGAGGGAGGCCAUGAAGCACAUGAUGGUCCUGUUCACCCGGAAGGAAGACUUGGGGGAUGGCUCCCUGCAAAAGUACGUCACGGGUACCAAAAACAGUGCUCUCCAGAGAUUGACUAAGGCAUGCAGGCAGCGAUACUGUGCUGUGAACAACAACGAAACAGGGCCAGAACGGGAUGCCCAGGCCGACGAGGUGCUGGAAAUGGCUCUGGCAACAGCGCGUGGUGAGGAGGGCCAGGCGCACAGGCACAGGGCCUGUAGAGCAGAGGCAUCCCCAGGAUGUGGACAGGCUGUAAACACAUUGCAGAAGCCACAUCAAAGUGAGGAAAUGCCUACGCAAUCAACAUGGGAGUAUAUUUUCUGUUGCAAAGCAUGUUUAGCCCCCGGUCCUCAGCAUCCCCAGCUCCCUCCCACCGAGCCGUGCCAGAACUCGUGCCGCAGGCCGGGAUGGAGACGCUGGCUGAGAGCUCACUCAGCAGCGUGGACAACAGGACGUAUCAGGCAAGCUGCAGCUCGUUCCAGUUCCACUUCCUGCAGAGCUAAACCGAAAGCAGCGCGGGGACUGGAGCCGUUUCUGCCCAGUGACGCCCCGCUCCCGGACUGGCCAUGCCCAGCACCCGCCUGGGAGCUCAGCAGGGCUGCCGGGAGACCUUGCUCUCCCCCUCUGAAACAGGGUGCUCUACAGUGCCUGGACAUACAGGCAGUCCAGCAAAACAUGACCCAAAACCUCCCGCAACAGGAUGAAGAGGCGUGGCACGGUUUGUACAAAGACAAGCGAGCGGAGGAGACAGAGCUGAGACUGGUGCUCGUUGGUAAAACUGGAAGUGGGAGAAGCGCGACAGGAAACACUAUCCUCAGGAGGAGGGCAUUUGAGUCGCAGCUGGCGGUGCGGGCAGUGACACAGAGGUGCACAAGCGCGAGCACCGUCUGGCAGGGCAAGAGGAUCGUGGUCACCGACACGCCUGCCAUUUUUGACACAGAGAGGUACAGCACGGAGUCCUACCAAGAGAUUGCACGCUGCCUGCUGCUGUCUGCACCAGGUCCCCAUGUGCUGGUGCUGGUGACCCAGCUGGGCCGAUACACAGAGGAGGAUAAGGUUGCUGUAGCGAAAGUCUGCCUCAUCUUUGGGCAGGACGUCAUGAAGCACACGAUCGUCCUCUUCACCCGGAAGGAAGACUUGGGCACCAGCUCCUUACAUGACUAUGUGAUGGGCACUGACAACACAGCUCUCCAGAAACUGAUUCAGUCCUGCAGGGGCCAGUACUGUGCUUUUAACAACAGGGCAACUGGAGCAGAGCAGGAUGCCCAGGUCAGAGACCUGCUAGAGCUCACUCAGACGGUGGUGAAGAGGAAUAAAAAUUCCUAUUACACAAGCGAACUCUAUUCCAAGGCCUUGUUGGUCCUCAGAGGGAAGGAGAGAGAUUUUGAAGAAAAAUGCAGUGUCUUUGGAAGGAAAGUGGAAGAACAGCUCCAGAAAGACCAACGGAGAGCAUGUUGCCGUUGCGUGGUGCGCAAGGUGGCAAGACCAGCGUACAGCAUUUUAUGCACAGUUUGUCAUUGCAUAUUUACAGCGAUUAUGUGGAUGGCACGUUUUCUACGUCGGGUGUUUCGAUGGGUGAGUGGGGAGGUUGUAUCACUGUAUACUCACUUCUUCGGCCAGCUCAUGCGCGUGGGCCUGAAGGCACCGUUCAGGAAGGCUGCUGUACACCUGAGCACGAUGCUGAAACCCUCGUUUGCCCAGGCCUACGGGGCGAUCAUCCUGGAGCAGCAAGCUUCCCACCUAACUGGACUCAUUAUGGCAGAAGGAAUGCCCUCAGGGCCUGAGCUGAGAAUCCUGCUUGUGGGUAAAACUGGCAGUGGGAAAAGUGCGACGGGAAACACCAUCCUUGGUUAUAGUGCUUUCCCUUCCAAAGUAGCAGCGCACUCUGUAACAAAGGACUACAGCAGAGCUGAGGGAGAUUUCAAGGGAAGAAAAGUUAUUGUUUUUGACACUCCUGGCCUUUUUGACUCCAAGAAAUCUAAUGAAGCCACCGCCAAGGAGAUUAAAAAGGCAGUUCACUCCCUCUCCUCAGGGGUCCACGCCAUUCUUCUGGUGGUGCAGCUGGGCCGAAUCAGUAAAGAAGAGAUAGAAGUAGCAGAAUACGUAACAAAAAUUCUGCAUACUGAAGCACAGCGUUACACAGUCCUCGUAUUCACCCGAGCAGAAGAGCUUCAGAAGCCAGAAGAUAUCAAGAGUUUCGUAGAAAGCAGUGAGUUUCUUAAUGGGCUGUCAGCAAAAUGUGGAUGCCGGUACACUGCUUUCAACAACAGGGCAGAAGGAGAGCUAAAGGAUAAGCAGGUUUCAACGUUGAUUACUAUGAUCGAUACCAUGGUAGAGGGUAACUGUAUCGCUCCGUGCUACACACCAGAAAUGCUGGAGAAAGACGCACGGUCGUUCUUUGGAAAGUUUUGCACUAUACUUUAGCUGGUAAGGCUCUGUUGGACAGGAAACUUCUUUGCUGUGCCUUUCCUACUGCCCUCUGAAGCUCCAGUUUCUCCUCCCUUUCCUGAUGUUACUUUCUAUCCCCGUCAAAGUCGUACUUGGACGUUUUCCUGUGACCUUUGAGUCUCAUUUCCUCAUUGGCUCCAGGAGUGCAACAAGCGUGAGAUGAAAUGCAAUUUCCCUCUGCUGCUCUCUGUCUGCAUGUUCACCUUGUUAGACUGUUGGACUAAAGCUGUCUAGAGUUAGUCGCUUAGUGUUCCUUACGUAGCAUUAGUAGCUAAGUUGGCUGAAGCUUUAGGCCUAAGCUGUGACCUUGCUUUUGUAAAAGUAGAGCCAGACAACUAUGCAAGAAAAGUUACCACAAAGACUGGUUCCCAGGGCCACGAAGGGAGCAAAAGAUCCAUCAACAGCUAUGCGGAAGUGCGAUAAGAAGUAAAGGACACACCUGGAAACUACAGAAAGGAGCAACCAGGAGCUGGAAGAGCCUGAACUCCAAUAUCGCCGUUGGUUCUGACCUGUCACGUGAAGGGGGGAGGAUUUAGCUCGUAAGGGUGUAACUGCCCAGGGGUCUCUUUGCCCCUCUUUGGAGGCACCCAGCUCGAGCUGAAAUUGCUGCCCGCGUGUCAUUAAAACUUAUUUCACUCUGA